AUACCGUUUUUGAUGCAGGAUUUUACGCCUAUAUAGAAGCAUCAAAUCCGCGAGUUGAAAAUGAAGUGGCCAGAAUGUACUUAGAUGUACCUCGCAAUGUAUGUAUGUCAUUCUUUUACCACAUGUAUGGCAAUGGGAUCGGUGCACUGAAGAUUAUAACAAGACAUAAAAUAUCAAAUAAAGUACAAGUUAUAUGGUCAAGACAAGGCAACCAAGGAGACAACUGGCUACAGGAAGACGGGAUCUUGAUCAAUGGCGAAGAUGGUGUUCAAGUGGUCAUCGAGGGAGUUAUUGGUAAAAAUUAUUCAGGAGACAUUGCAAUAGAUGAGGUUGGCUUCAGGCAAGGAUACUGCCCAUCUGAAUCUCAAAAUGAUUGAUAACAAAAGUCACACGCUGUCACUGUUAAUUGCGCCACCUCAAACGAGUAUAAUGGUUAUAGAUAAGAAACUAGUAUUCUCCAAAGAACCUCGAAUAUCUCUACAACAUGGACAUUAAGCAAUAAAACGGAAAUGUAUGACAUUAUCACACAUAUCUUCAAUAAAAUGAAAAUUCAAAAGCAA